UCACUAUUAGAUAUUCACAUACACUCACUCACUCAUUUUCGGACAUUCACACAUUCAUUCACUCUCUCAAACAUUCACACAUUCACUUACUCAGAAACACGCAUUCACUCACCCAAACAUUCACUCGCUCACUCGGUUCCUGACACACUCACCCACCUUCUCAUUCACUCUCCCAGACAUUCAUACACUCACUCGCUCUCUGACUUACACACUCACUCACUCACUCACUCGUGCACCCGCACACUCACGCACUUGCACACUCGCUUUCUCUCCUCCGGAACUUUCUGAAAGAGAGCUGGAUAAAUCCCAGAGUCCUGAGAAGCUUGUAAGAGAUUUGGAGAGUGGGAUGACCCAGCUGAUCUGAAAACUUUGAGGAGCAGCGCUGUUACUUUUUUUGGGUGGGGGAGGAGUGGCGCCACCCUGGGGGACGCGGGGGCCGGAGGCCAGAUGGGGAAGAAGACGUGGAGCGAGCGGAGGCAGGCGUCGAGGGGCUGCUCCACCCGGGACGACCCCCAGGGGCCGGGGCGGGGCACCACCCGAGGGCGCUUCUCCGAGUCCUGGAAGAGGCUUAGCUCCAGGCAGGGGUCCACUAAGAGAUCCGGCCUGGCCUCCCAGCAGCCCCUGGCACAGAAAUCCUGGAUAGAGAGAGCCUUCAGCAAGCGAGAAUGUGUUCAUAUAAUAGUGAGCGCAAAAGACCACCAUAGGUGCUGCUGCGGACGCCUGAUUGGCCAGCACGUCGGCCUUCCCCCCAGCAUUUCCUCCAGUCAGAAUGACAAGAACGAACGUCUGGCGAAGAACGACAGCCUGUCGGAGAAAUGGUCCAUCAGCAAACACACGCAGCUCAGUCCCACCGACGCCUUCGGCACCAUCGAGUUCCAGGGGGGCGGCCAUUCCAACAAAGCAAUGUAUGUCCGCGUCUCCUACGACACCAAACCCGACCUCCUGCUGCACCUGAUGACCAAAGAGUGGCAGCUGGAGCUCCCCAAGCUGCUCAUCUCCGUCCACGGCGGCCUGCAGAACUUCGAGCUGCAGCCCAAACUCAAGCAGGUCUUCGGCAAAGGCCUGAUCAAGGCUGCCAUGACAACGGGGGCCUGGAUCUUCACCGGCGGGGUCAACACAGGGGUCAUCCGUCACGUAGGGGACGCGCUGAAGGACCACGCCUCCAAAUCGCGGGGCAAGAUCUGCACCAUCGGCAUCGCCCCCUGGGGGAUCGUCGAGAACCAGGAGGACCUCAUCGGCAAAGACGUGGUCAGGCCGUACCAGACCAUGUCCAACCCCCUGAGCAAGCUGACCGUCCUGAACAGCCUGCACUCCCACUUCAUCCUGGCCGACAACGGGACCACGGGGAAGUACGGCGCCGAGGUCAAGCUCCGCCGCCAGCUGGAGAAGCACAUCUCCCUGCAGAAGAUCAACACCAGAAUCGGUCAGGGUGUGCCCGUAGUGGCUCUGAUUGUGGAGGGCGGGCCGAACGUGAUCUCCAUCGUGCUGGAGUACCUGAGGGACACGCCCCCCGUGCCCGUGGUGGUGUGUGAUGGCAGCGGGCGGGCCUCAGACAUCCUGGCGUUCGGGCACAAGUACUCCGAGGAGGGAGGGAUCAUAAACGAGUCUUUACGGGACCAGCUGCUGGUCACCAUCCAGAAGACCUUUAACUACAGCCGCACACAGGCCCAGCACCUCUUCAUCAUCCUCAUGGAGUGCAUGAAGAAGAAGGAGCUGAUAACCGUGUUCCGAAUGGGAUCGGAAGGUCACCAGGACAUUGACUUGGCCAUCCUCACCGCUCUCCUGAAAGGGGCCAACGCGUCCGCGCCGGACCAGCUGAGCUUGGCGUUGGCGUGGAACAGGGUGGACAUCGCCCGCAGCCAGAUCUUCAUCUACGGGCAGCAGUGGCCGGUGGGGUCCUUGGAGCAGUCCAUGCUGGACGCGCUGGUGCUGGACAGAGUGGACUUUGUGAAACUGCUGAUUGAGAAUGGUGUCAGCAUGCAUCGGUUCCUUACCCUCUCCAGACUAGAGGAGCUCUACAACACGAGACACGGACCAUCAAACACGUUGUACCACCUGGUCAGAGACGUCAAAAAGCAAGAGUAUCCAGGGUUCAGCUGGAUCUAUUUCAAGGGCAACCUCCCGCCGGACUACAGAAUCAGUCUGAUUGACAUCGGCCUGGUCAUUGAGUACUUGAUGGGCGGGGCUUACCGUUGCAAUUACACCAGGAAAAGGUUUCGAACCCUUUACCACAAUCUCUUCGGCCCUAAAAGACCGAAGGCCCUUAAGCUCUUGGGAAUGGAGGACGACAUGCCGAUCCGGCGGGGCCGACAGAAGACCACCAGGAAGCGGGAGGAGGAGGUGGACAUCGACCUGGACGACCCGGAGAUCAACCACUUCCCGUUCCCCUUCCACGAGCUGAUGGUGUGGGCGGUGCUGAUGAAGCGCCAGAAGAUGGCGCUGUUCUUCUGGCAGCACGGCGAGGAGGCCAUGGCCAAGGCGCUGGUGGCCUGCAAGCUCUGCAAGGCCAUGGCCCACGAGGCUUCCGAGAACGACAUGGUGGACGACAUCUCGCAGGAGCUCAACCACAACUCCAGGGAGUUUGCGCAGUUGGCGGUGGAGCUCCUGGAUCAGUCCUACAAGCAGGACGAGCAGAUGGCCAUGAAGCUCCUGACCUACGAGCUGAAGAACUGGAGCAACGCCACCUGCCUGCAGCUGGCGGUAGCGGCCAAGCACCGCGACUUCAUCGCGCACACCUGCAGCCAGAUGCUGCUGACGGACAUGUGGAUGGGCCGACUGCGCAUGCGCAAGAACUCCGGACUGAAGGUGAUCCUGGGCCUGCUGCUGCCACCCUCCAUCCUGAGCCUGGAGUUUAAGAACAAGGACGAGAUGAGCUACAUGCCGCAGGAGCAGGACACCUACCUGCAGGAGAAGGAGGUGGAGGAGCCCGAGAAGCCCGCCAAGGACAAGGACGACGAAGACAUGGAGUUCACAGUAAGAUCCUACUGUGGAACGCAGUACAACUCCGUGGCCAUGCUGGGAAAGGUCGCCACGGAGACGUCGCGGAAGAAGGACGUGGAGGAGGUGCAGAGCCGGCACAGGCUCAUCCCGUUCGGCCGCAAGAUCUACGAGUUCUACAACGCGCCCAUCGUCAAGUUCUGGUUCCACACUCUGGCCUACGUGGGGUACCUGAUGCUCUUUAACUACAUAGUUCUGGUGAAGAUGGAGCUUUGGCCCUCCCCGCAGGAGUGGAUCGUCAUCGCCUACAUCUUCACCAACGGCAUCGAGAAGAUGAGAGAGAUCCUGAUGUCGGAGCCGGGGAAGCUGCUGCAGAAGGUGAAGGUCUGGCUGCAGGAGUACUGGAACAUCACAGACCUGAUGGCCAUCCUCAUCUUCUCCGUGGGCAUGGUGCUGCGUCUGCAGGACCCGCCCUUCAUGAGCUACGGCCGCGUCAUCUACUGCGUCAACAUCAUCUACUGGUACAUCCGGCUGCUCGACAUCUUCGGCGUCAACAAGUACCUGGGUCCCUACGUCAUGAUGAUCGGCAAGAUGAUGAUUGACAUGAUGUACUUCGUUAUCAUCAUGCUGGUGGUGCUGAUGAGUUUCGGGGUGGCUCGGCAGGCCAUCCUAAACCCCAAUGAGGACCCGUCCUGGAUGCUGGCUCGCAACAUCUUCUUCAUGCCCUACUGGAUGAUCUAUGGGGAGGUGUUUGCGGACCAGAUCGACCAUGUCAAUAAUAGGAAGCAGCGAAAGCUGAAUGAGAAACUCUGGCUGGUCGAAAAUUACUUUCGAACUCACGGAACCUGGCGUAACAACGCUCCCUGUGGCCAGAACGUGACGGCGGAGGACGGCACCGUGGUGGUCCUCCCCCCCUGUAAGACCGGGGCCUGGAUCGUACCCGCCAUCAUGGCCUGCUACCUCCUGGUGGCCAACAUCCUGCUGGUCAACCUGCUGAUAGCCGUGUUCAAUAACACCUUCUUCGAGGUCAAGUCCAUCUCUAACCAGGUGUGGAAGUUCCAGAGGUACCAGCUGAUCAUGACCUUCCACGAGCGCCCGGUCCUUCCUCCGCCCCUCAUCAUCUUCAGUCACAUGACCAUGGUCCUGAAGCACCUGUGUUGCCGCUGGCGCAAGCACGACGACGACGAGCACGACUACGGCCUCAAGCUGUUCAUCACCGAGGACGAGCUGAAGAAGGUGCACGACUUCGAGGAGCAGUGCAUCGAGGAGUACUUCCGGGAGAAGGACGACCGCUUCAACUCCUCCAACGACGAGAGGAUCCGGGUCACCUCGGAGAGGGUGGAGAACAUGGCGAUGCGUCUGGAGGAAGUGAACGAGCGGGAGCACUUCAUGAAGGCGUCCCUGCAGACGGUGGACAUCCGCCUGGCGCAGAUGGAGGAGCUGAUCGGGCGGGUCGCCGUGGCGCUGGAGCGGGUGACGGGCGUGGACCGGGGCGAGGUGCAGAAGGCGCGCUCGCGCACCUCCUCCGACUGCACCGACGCCGCCUACAUCCUGCGGCAGAGCAGCUUCAACAGCCAGGAGGGCAACUCCGCCUACCGCAUCCAGGAGGCGCUAGAGCAGACGGGAGAGGGCUCCAUCUCCCCCACCUCGCCCACCAUCCUCGCCCCCCGGCCCCGCAGCCACUCCUUCUACGUGGCCGGGUCCCGGGACAGGGGCGGCGGGGGCGGGGCCGGGUGCGGGGGCGGGGCCGGGUGCGGGGGCGGGGCCGGGGGCGGGGCUGGGUGCUCGGAGAGGGUCGAGGGCUUCUUCAAGGAGCGCUCGCUCAGCCUCCACCGGGCCAACAGCUCGCAGUCAGUGUCCUCGGCCGCGCCCAGGGACGCCAGGCCCCUCCCCCUCAACACGCUGUCCGUCUCGCAGCAGCACCGCCCCUCCUCCUGCAUCGACAUCUACGUGUCGGCGUCCGAGGAGGGCCAGCAGCCCCUGGAGGGGUGCGAGGCCGACCCCCUGCACAUGCCCGCCUUCCCCCGCGACGCCUCCCUCCACUCCGAGAUCAUGGAGGCGGUCCUGACCCGGGGGGCGUACGGCGGCGCGGGGGCGGGGCUGGGGGCGGGGCCCUCGGACGCGGCAGCCGUCUUCGAGGACAGCGCCCUGGCCGUGGCGGACAUGGCGCUCUGCCCCUCCGCCCUGCUGCCCGACAGCCUGACCCCCUGGGACCUGGAGCCGCCCCAGACCCUGGAGCGUUCCAAGAGCAGCCGCUUCCUGUCGGCGGCGGGGCCGCUGUUCCUGGACGACGCGCCGCUGGUCAAGUCGCACAGCCUGAUGUUCACGCCCCGCGGCGGGGGCGGGGCCGGCGGCGGCUACUACGGCGGCAUGGGCGUCCAGGUGAAGGCGGCCGAGUACACCAGCAUCACCGACUGCAUCGACACGCGCUGCGUCUCCACCCCCAACGCCCCGCCCGAGCGCUCCGACUCCCCCGGCGUGUCCUUCUUCGAGAAGGCGCAGGACCUGGGCGCCUGCCACCCGGAGAGGGAGGCGGAGCUCAGCCACGCCGACUCCGACCCCGAGGACCCCGAGGCCCUGCCCGAGUCGCGGAGGGGCGGGGCCUACCUGGGCGGGGCCUUCUGCACGCCGCUGGCCAGGCUGGAGCGGGCCAACAGCUGCUCGUCGGAGGACUCCCACGCCAGCAACGCCCGCAAGAGCUUCUCGGUGGGCGAGCGGAUGGACGGGCGGCAGAGGAACUCGCGCAACCCCUUCCAGAGGAGCAAGUCCAGCGCCAAGCCCGAGCCCAAGAUGGACAGCCUGUCCAUGAGGAGACUGUCCAAGCCCUCCGCCUUCCGCAGCUUCGACAGCCGCCACAACUUCACGUGAUGGGCCCGCCCCCCCCCCUCCCUGGACCCCGCCCCCCAGACCACACCCCCUGCUCUCACGGGACGCUCGUCCAAAGGCUAGUGAAGUCGGACGACCCCUGUCCAAAUCCGGGGUGGUGCGAGAGGGAUAUCGCUCUGCUGCCCUACCCGUCCUUCCCCCCCUUACCCCCACAUCCCCACCCACCCACCCCUGGAUCUCUCAAUUUGUUCCACUCUGUCCUGUUUCUUUUUCUUUUCUUUUUUUUUUUUCCUUUUUUAGCACACAAACAAAGCCAUUUCUGUCUCCCGUCUGUCAUCGUUAGGGGAAAUUGUUUCGUGUCCUUUUCUUUCAUUCACGAGUAAAAGAGAAGAGAAAGAGAGCAAAAAAUGUAAACGACAAAAAAAGAGAAAAAAAGGGCAUUGUAUUACAGAGUUGUGUGAGAGGAAGGUGUCAUCGCCAAACAAUGAAAAAGAAAUAGAUGAUUCACGGAGGACGAAAGAAGAGAGAAUAUCGUAAGACAAUCAAUACGGUUUGUGUUUGAGGAAUGUUCCUUCGUCUGCAUGCCAUUAGCUCGAUCUAGAGAAUGUAAUGUGUUAAUCACAGAGCACGCGCUGCUCUUUUAAUUGCCUUCUUAUUGGUUGUUUCACCAGUUCUCUCACACUCGGUAUUAAAGCAGCUGACAUGCUCGCAGUAUUAGGCUUGUUUUGGCUUGGAUCGCCUUCGGGUCUUGUCCUGUAGUUUUGAAUGUGAAGCAGACAAAAUAAUUAAUAAGAAUCCUUCUCAUGAAUCAGACAAAAAAAAUUGUCUUUCUUCAAGAGACACAAAUCUAUACUCAUUGCUUGACUGAUUGGUUUAUGAAUAACUUUAUCUUGAAAUCAUGUCCUAAAUCUUUUUUUUUUUCCCCAUGUGGAUAACUUGACCUUUGACCCUAGCAACUGAACCAUUUGGACACUGCUGUUUUUGUUUUUUUUUUUGAAGUUGCAAAGAGUCACUUAAAAACAGAGCAAACAUAAAAAAUUCCAAUGAGUGCCCAGGUCAAGGCAGCUGAUACUGAGAGAGUCUUCCCUUCUCAGAAUCCAUUUAGGGGUGGAAGGGAGGGUUUCAGCUACAGAAAUGGUCACCAAAACGCUGAAAGGCUGAAUAUUGACGAGCAGUUUUGGGGGAAAAAACACUUCAGGAAGUGGGGGAAGUAAAGGAGUUAGCAACAUUUAGCUCAAGUGCUCAUGCCAAACACGGGAGUUGGUUUACCCUGUGCGUUUAUAAAAACCUCUCUAUAUCAUCUCAUUAUCCUGCCCCAACUGACCAGUUUAUAAAAUAUGUAAUUCAUUUUUUUGUGACUUCUCUUACCAUCUCAUUUUAUAGCCAUUUAUCUAUGAAGAGUAGAAUUUAAUACCAGUAAUUCUGACUAUAAUAGUAUUGUUCUAUGGGGAAUCAUCAGCAUAAGGUGCGCUCUCUUCAACAAAACCAUAUAUUUAAUUCUGAAGUAGCCAGAUUUGUUGUGAAGGUGGACAUUUAAAGGGGAAUUUUUUAAAACAACCUAACUUGAGUUGAGAUUUUACCUCUUUUUUCCCACAUGGAUGGAAUACUGCAGUGGCAAUGCACCCACAUAGAGAGCCCUCAAACUGGCAGCCAACCAGAGCUUUCAGAAAAUGGAGCACAUUCAAAAUAAGGAAUCACCUUUAGUUUGUCAUGUAGCACUGCAUCAUGUGCUAGUCCCUCUCAUCACUUGUUUCCAGGUAAAGAGGUCACCUGUACAGAGUCAGACUUGCUUUGGGGGGGGGGGGGGGGGGUCAAGUCUCUUCCUGGAGUUUCACUUUUCACUACUUACUGAUGUGACCUGACACAAGCUUUGUUUUUUUGGAAAUGAAACUCUUUAUUUCUACACAUUUAUAUUUCAGUGUAAAAAGGAGGCUGGAGGUUCUGAAGUUCUGCUGCAGUUCUGUGCGCGCUUCAAAAAAAACCGUCGGCAUCAAACCGCGGUUGCCAUAGCAACACUACUCUCUUAAUAUAGACUCUGAGAGCACGGUCUGUACUGAAAUAAUAGCGCUGUUCCGGAACGUUCAGAACCAGCGCCGACUGCUUUUUCACGCCAGACUUCUCGUCACUGUGAAACGCAUGACCACCAGGGGGUGCUGUGACCUCGAUCAGGCGUGCCCGCUUUCGGUGAGCUGUCUGUCCACAAGGCUUUUCUUUCACCGUUAAUAAAGCGCCGCUUGGGGUCAUGUGACAUAACGUUCUUCCUGAAGUCAUACUUUUUGGGAAAGCAUCUCAUAUUUAGGAGUAAUGCACAGGACUCAUAAUAAACUAAAUAACAGGCUGUAAACAUACAGUUACUCAUUUUAAGAUUAAACAUGCAUUUGAUAGAAUACAUUUUUAUUGCAACUGAUUUGAGGGGAAGUGAGUUUUAUUGUGGUGUGCUGAACAUUGUAUUAGGAACAUUUGAUCUUGGGCUAGGAGUCUGGGGGCUGGGUCACAUCUGGCCACUCUGGUUCUUUAUUCCUCCCUGGACAUCAGUGAUAGAGGGAGAGAAGAUUAAUUCAAAACACAGAAUAAAACUUAAAGUGGGGAUUGAGCUGCAGAGGGGGGAGGGACUGCCGGAAACAUGUGACAGGAAGGGGUAGAGGCGUCGGUUUACCAAGUUAAGUAACCAAGUUAUAGUGUGAGGUGUUGUCUGAAAACUUCUCUCCUGGAUCUUUGUUUUUAAAACUACAGUAGUUUAAGGGUAGUCACCCACCCAAUCACUGUAACCCAGGAUAAAACAUAAAUAGGUAUUGAGGGUUUAGUACAGUAUGUCAGACUGUAACAUAUCGUAUCAUAUUUCUCUUAUUUAAAUGAUUGGCUUGAUGCAAUGCUGUUUUUCUUCUCUCACACAAGCUACAGGAAGUGCAUACUGACUCUGUUACCUGUGAAAAGGAAGGAUUUUUUUUUUUUUUUAAUCACAGAGAGUGGGUUUAUUUCAAGUUGCUCACAGUUGUGCAAAUGAUUCCAUCAGAGGCUGUGCAUAUUGUGUAAAAAAAAAUCUAUAAAAAAUUAUAAUACUUGCUAUGCAAGUUUUAGGGAGAGGGGGGAAACGUUGAAUAUGAGGAAUCAUGCACUUUAAAACAAGGAAUGCUUUAAAUAUGCACAUUUCAUGUCAAGGGUUAGUUGAUUGUGUCACAGACUCAUUUUCAGGGAGUUUGUGGGUGUGGCCUCCAGGGGGCGUGUUAAUGCGAUCGUGAGAUUUGUGUCACUGGAGGGGGAACCUGAGACCAGGUUGAGUUUCGGUCGGCAAGGCGUUGCCUCUUUCUUCAGACCUCUUGGGGUUCGCGGAAAAGAGUUUAGCAUGGCGUCAAAUUUCAGUUCCAAAGACCACCUCUGUGAAAUGCGUUUUCCAGUGUUAGCCUACUGGCCGUUGGAAAGGUGUGCAACUCGGUCAGCCAGGUUUGCGUUGUAACCACGACACCAGCAGGACCGCACAGGUGCGGUCGAAUGUUUGGAACACGCCAUCCUCUGGGCUGCGAUUGGAUCUCUCUCGCGUAUUAAUGGUUUUUGGUCAUCCCGACACCUACCUGCAGUCACACGGUAGUUAUAGCGAGUCAAGGGGAGUUCAAAGGCCAAAAAAAACCCACAUCUUUAUCUCAUUAGCAUCAGCCAGUGACACGGGAGUUUAAGGAAGCAGGGGUCAGCUUUUAACCAAUCACAGAGCAACCAGCAACCAGCAGUACAGUCUUGAAUUCUCUGCUCUAGAGAUGGAUCAACAUUUUGAUUAUGUUGUAGGCCUGGCAAAGACACCAAAAGCUUGUACUGAGAGCUUAUUAUUUAUUUACAUCACAUUAAUUUUAGAUGAGCAUCUAGUGGACAUUGCUUGAUUUAACCAAGAUGAAAAUAUUAAUUUGAGAAAAAAAAAUUGUUGGAUGGAACCCUGUGCUUUAUAGAUAGUAUCGGGGAUCAUUUAUUAUAAUGUGGGAAGCCUCUAUUUUGAGGCCUUGCUUAUUUUUGAAUUUAUUUUUUAAAUAUAUUGAUUAAAAAUUUCUUCUUAAAUUUGUUUUCAUAAAUGGAUUAUUUCCAACAUAUAAAUGCUAUGAUUGAUUAGAUAUAUGUAAGACCAAUAGCUUUUCUGGGUUGUAAAUCAUUACCUUAAUCAGCUGUUUUUACUUUUUUGAAGAGUGAUUCAUAUUUUAAUUUUGUAAUAUAUGCCAUUUUAUUUAUUUAGGAGCAUUUUAGAAAUUAUUUAUGAUGAGAGGUUUUAAAGGUAAAUAAAAUGUGGCAAUUAUAAACAUUUAAAACACAUAUCUAUGUAUUAUAUAUUUUAUUGCAGAAAUAUAUUGUAUAUUUGAAUCACACAAACAGUAUUUAUUAUAUUUCCUAAAUUGAGUAGUAAAUUAUAACGUAUAUAAAUUAUAUGCUAAUUAUUGUUGAGUUGCUUUAUGCACUUCUAGAAUAACAUUCACUCUGCAAUACAUAGCUGUUCUGCAUGCAUUAUCCACAAAGAUGGAGCUGUUCAAUCAAAGCGCAAAGCUGGCAUGCCUUAAUUUUCAAGAUUGAAGGUAGUGUCAAAAUUAAGUGUUGAAAGUGAAGACCAGAGUUUUGCGGGGAACUUUGAUUUCUGUCUUCUGUCCUGUCAUUCAGCAUUUUCUUCUGAGAUAGUCUUUAAAAAGUCGCCUGUUUUCAUUCAUCAACAUGCAACCUCGUAGCAUUUUGACAGUUAAUGACAGUAUGGAGCAUUCCCAAAUGUGGACAUCUCUAAGCAGUAAUUAUCCCAGUUGAUUUGUCAUCCCACACUGCAAUUCGAUUGGUUGGCCAACUGCACUUUGAUUGAUUAGCCCCCGAUUCACUGAACUGAACCAGUCAGGAUGACGAGCGGCAGUUCUGUACAUUUUAUGGUUGCACAAAAGAGGGCUGCUUCCAAAAAAAAAAAAAAAAACAUUAAAGGGAAACAUGUCUCGUGUAAAUAUGACUGUGUGCUAUCCAUCUCCUAUUUUAUCAUCCGGUUAUAACUGGUUACCCUUCCACAUUCACCCCUCCGUACUGGUGCACACGUUCUAGCUAUGCCUUCCUCCCACGGUCGGUGCUGGAAUGUUUCGUUUGAAUUGUUGAUGUGCAAUAGGCCUUCUGGGGACCGCCACAGAGUGGUUUUAAUGCAUUUUUACCUGCUGCCCCUUCCUGUCAACUUGCCAGGUCUAAUCUAAUGUUGUUCCUGUGUUUUAGAGGCCUGUACUUAGAGGUGUUUUAAUAGUGAGGAAAGAAAAUAAAUAAAUAAAAGAAGGAUAUAAUUUGCUUAUGGUGAAUACCACUAGUGUAGCCUGUGUGUAAUCCCCAUGAAAAUUAAAUAAGUAAAAUAUAUAUAUAUACAUUUUUUGCAGACAAAAAUAUUACAUGUAAGUAGGAGAUCAGGGCAAUGGCGGUCAGAGGUCAAGAUAACCUAACAGCUGGGGAACCAGCCACAGGAAUUCUUUAUCAUUUAUUCAGGUGUGUUUUAGCUCCCGGUAGCUCCAGGUGCAGGUGGUAACUGGUUAAGCCCAGCUCAGCUCAAAACCACCACAGAUGUGAUUUAAAUGGCUAUUAAUUCAAAUUAAACAGCAAGCUACACGUUUGCUGAGGGCAUCCAUCUUUACACUCUGAAUUCGGGAUUUGAUGUUUUUGAAUCUUGGAGACGAGGCUACAGCAGAGCCAUCAGUAGAUGUUAUUUAACUUCAUAAUUCACACUGACCGUGACUUUCUUCUGAAGUCGUGUUGUUGGCCAGUGACCUUUGUUUUUUUUUUUUUUACAAUUAAUCCACAGAUAAAAAUCCAUGUAUUUUCUUUCGCCUGGCAGAUGUUAGUUUGGCUCUUUCUGUCGCUGGCUCGGUUAGAAAGGAGUAUGACACCGUUUUUGCAAGAGGUCUUCCUCAUCUGUAACCUGUACAUAAACAAAGGCCGUUUCUAUCAUAGAAGAUUUUAAAAGUUUGUGUGUGUGUGCGUGCGUGCGUGUGUGUGUUUGUGUGUGAGAAGGAACAGCAGGUGAGCAGACUUUUUUUCAGGUCACAUUUGGUUCAGCUGUCAUCUUCAGAUCCCUAGUACUGACCAAUCACCUGUAGAACUGUGUGCCAAUACACUUGAUGAUACUUACUGUACAGUAUUUUAUAAAUAUUUUCCUAUACUGUAGUAUAAAGGUUUGUGAAUUAUUAUACCACUAUUGUCUCUUUUGUCAGUGAGCACUUGUAUGCUACCAAGGAGUUGAAGCACACAUUUUUUGCAAUAAUAAUAGUGUAGUUAACCUUAAAACAAAUUAUCUUCCAGAGGUCCCGGAAGUUUUUAAUGUCUAUUAAUGCAUGCAGUUCUUCCAUCUGAGUUGUAAUGCAUUCUGUACAAUAAUGCAAGGAGAGAGAGAGUGAGAGUGAGAGAGAGAGAGAACGAGAGGAUGAGAUCGAUAGAAAGAUGGGAGGACAAAAUGGUUAAUUCCAAAAUGAUCAUGGUAGUAUUUGGAGACAAAUGCAAAUAUGUAUUCCUUAAUGUGAAUAGGCUAUUGUUUUGGCAUGCAUUUUUAAAUAAAUACAUAAGUACAUGAAUAAGUG